UUUUAUUAAUAAAAACACGUGUUAUCUUAUAAUUUAACAAUAAAAAAAUAAUCUCUUAUAAUAGAUAAUUAUUUUUUUUAAUUUAAAAGACACUUGCCAAGUUGUCUGUUAUCGUUUAAAUACAUCAAGACAAUAAUCAAAGUAAUUAAUAAAUAUAUUUCUAUUUUUUUACAUAAUCAUUAAAUUAAAAUGAGUAAUUCUAAUAAUAAUAUAAAAAUAAUUGAAGAUGCAGUCAAGACUUAUGUCAAUUUUCCAAAACAAGGAAUUAUUUACAAAGAUAUUUUUGGAAUAUUCCAAAAUGUAACAGCCAUGAAAGCAAUGAAGGAACUUUUAGUUGAUCAUGCUGCCAGUCUUAAUAUUGACGCCAUAGUUGGUCUUGAUUCGAGAGGUUUUUUGCUUGGUCCAUUGAUAUCACUUGAGCUUGGUAAGCCUUUUAUUCCAAUAAGAAAAAAGGGUAAAUUACCAGGUAAUGUUAUGCGUGAAAGUUAUACACUAGAAUACGGCGAGGCAACAUUUGAAAUUCAGACAGAUAGUAUAACAAGUGGACUCAAGGUUUUAAUUGUUGAUGAUUUACUUGCAACUGGAGGUACAAUUAAAGCAGCUGUCAAAUUGUUGAAAGCAACUGGUGCUCAAGUUGUCGAGUGUCUUGUUAUAAUGGAACUUGUUGGACUUGAUGGAAAAUCAAAAAUUGAUGCUCCAGUACAUUCAUUCAUCAAAUACGAAUAAAUCAUUCAUCUAGUGUGUGGUGGUGGUGGUGGUGUGUACUGUGUCGUGUGACCGACUAAAACUGUCUUGAACUGGCUUCAGUCAGUCGUUUGUACUGACCAGACCAAUUCACAUCAUCAA